AUGUCGAGUGUUGGCCGCGGGAGAGGGUACACCGGUCGGCAUCAUUUGCGGGAACAACGUCCCGGUGACGAUCGAGACACCGAGUCUGACGCCGCCGCUAGAACACUGGCUGAACUAAGUCCUCGAUCCACUGACCCAACAAGAAUGGAAGUUAAAAGAGAACCGGAGAGAGAGUCCGUCGAGCCUGAGAGAGCGGAGACACCAGAAUUACCGGACUCCGAGUCCCCGGGAGAAGAGGACUCUACUCUGAAAGAUUUGCUCCGGGUCGAUGAACAAUAUGUCCCUUUACUGACUUUGUUAGAACAGUUCUCUCCUGGAGAAGACGGCAUCCAAUUCAAUAGGAAACUGAGACACUUCGAGACCACUGUCUCAUCCAUGUGUCCUGAUGAGUCGCGUUUGCAACAAGCAUUCGCGACGUUCCGCGCGGCCGCCCUGCUGAGCCCGGUGACGGCGCGUAAGCUGGCCGCGGUGGGCGCUUCAUUCACUCGCCAGCAGAGACAACAACUAUUGCGCGGAGCCCUGCUCAAUGUAGUAAUGCAAGGGACUUUCUCUAAAUUAGACGUACUGGAGCGCUCAAACCCGCUGUUCCUCAUCAACGCUGCGAACCUGAUGGGGGAUUACUUCGCGGAGGCUCGCCUCUGUAAUGGUAAUAAGGUUCACAUCUUGGCCGGGCCACUCCUGCAAUACCUGCGUGCCUUACUCGCCGCCCACGAUAUCCGUGCACAUCGCAGUCUCGCUACCCAACUAAUGCAAAACGGUCGUGAACUACUCUCCGUACUAGCUCAAGAACUGGAUGAACUCUCCAUCUCUAUCCGUCUCCGUCUGCUCUCGCCCCCACCAGUCAGCACAAUAUGGCUCUUACUAUCAGCAGAUCUCUGUCUCAACAAAUUCCUUCCACUACCGAACACAUUACAACAAUUCUACGCCGCCCACCUUGAAUUGACCACAGAGGAAAACUUCAGCGAAGUCAGCUAUGGCUCCUGGAAAAAAAGCCCCGAGAAGGAAGAAUACAGACCUGACGCUAGCGAAAUCGCGGAAAAAGUGAGCCAAAAUAUAUCGCAGAUUAGCCUAAACAACAACGAGGACACGAAGCCUAAAUUGAGACCGAUAUUAGGUGCUGGUGCUGGACUGUUAAGACAAGAACAGGCGCUAUCGGUGAGCCAGGACACAUUUGAGACGUGGACAGCUAAAAAUAACCUCAACAAACGAUAUGACCUCAAUUCCUGGCGACAGCCGGAGGAAGAAAAAAAGGAAGAAUUAGAGUUUCAACAGACUGUCUUACCACCUGUACAGCCUUUUCCCGUACCUGAUUACCCACCGCCGAACAUAAAUAGAUAUAACUAUUCGGAAAAUUUUGUCAACUAUCUUCAACAAGGUGAUGGCGCGUAUAUACAGAACCAGUAUACAAACGUUGCUUACAACCAACAAGGGGGGGAUAACUUCCAGAGUUACCCAGAAAGGAAUGUCUCCCAGACCCCAGAAAGGCCCGUCGAAAGAGUCGCCGAAAGGACCCCUGUACCCCCAAUGCCUGAGCGAGUAAACAAUGAGAUACAGAAAAACAGUAACCGGAGACCAGUAGAGAAUUGGAGAAAAGAAAAAUCCGAAGUCAAGGACGACCCCAACAGAAAUAGACAAAGAAAUUGGACUAGACAGAAGUCUAAAGAUAACGGCAGUGAGGAUGAGGACAAAGAGAAGUAUAAAGAUCGGUCUACAUCGAGAAAUAGAGAUGGUAGAGCGGGGAGAUUGAACAGGAGGAGUAGUGGAGAAGAAGAUGGGACUACUGUCAAGGCGGCCCCAAGACGCCAUGUCACUGAGGUACCGCGCAGCGCCAAAUAUUGGGACCACGACGACCGAUGUGACAAAGAUUAUAAUAGUUAG